AUGUUGUCAAACAGUGCUCAUAUACUAAUACUGGCUGGAAAUCAGAAUCGAAACAAAUCAGUUUCUAUGCAUGGCUCACAUAUUGAAUUAGACGUUCUAUGUUGGAAAACUAGUUUUGGUGUCUACGGACUUAAGUCUAGACUCUAUGGUAUACCAUUCGUUUUGAGUCUGUGGUGUGUUGUGUUCAGCGUUCAGGAUCUACGGAGCGCAGAAAUUAGGUUUAUAUUGCCGCCUAAUUGUCAGCAUCGGAACAUAUUCGCGAGACGCCAAUAUUCAGAGGCGAACGUGUGUCCGCCCCACCACAGAAUGACAGUGACCCAAAUGGUGCGCCGGCGCACUCAGUUCCGUGAGCAGCGAGCGUGCGGCAGCCUGCCCGACGCUCGUCUAACCCGCGCCGCUGUGGAGGCCCAAACGCCGUAG